GUAAGUUUUGUUAGAUCAUAAACAUGAACCAAUGGUUUUUGGUGUCCAAGACCCACCCGUGCUAAGUGACACGGGUUCGUGCAAUAAAUAAGCUUUCUAUCACUUCACUCAUCGUCUUCUUCUUCUUCUUCUUCGUAACCCAUGUAGCAGUAGUAAUCAAUCACAGAGAGAGAGAGAGAGAGUGGAGUGUGGGCUUCGUUUUCUGUUCUCUUUUCAACAUUCAACAAUGAACAACAACGCCCACCGUUCACCGCCAAACGACGUCGUCGUCAACCUCAAUGUCGACUCUGCAACUCCCAACAAUGUCACGGGGAACAACAAGAAGAUGAUCAAGGAGAAAAGGGACACGUUGAUUCUCGCCUACAGGACACUGGGUGUGGUGUUCGGAGGUCUCGUGACAUCGCCGCUUUACGUCUACCCUUCAAUGCCGCUACACUCUCCGACGGAAGAGGACUAUUUGGGAAUCUACAGCAUCAUUUUCUGGACUCUCACUCUCAUUGGGGUUGUCAAGUACGCCAACAUUGCCAUCAAAGCUGAUGAUCACGGCGAAGGUGGUACUUUUGCUGUUUACUCCUUGCUUUGCAGGCAUUUCAAUAUUGGAAUUUUGCCUUCUAAGCAGCAGCAACAGCAACAGCAACUCGGGUUGAACUCAAUGACUCGGGGAACGGAGACUCAUACUUGGCUUGCUAAGUUGUUUGAGAGAAGUGUGGUUGCUAGGAGGGUCUUGCUUUUUGUUGCCAUGUUGGGUACUUGCAUGCUUAUUGGUGAUGGUAUACUUACCCCUGCAAUUUCAGUGUUGUCAGCAAUGGAUGGAGUAAGAGCACCUUUUCCUAAAGUUAGCAAAUCACUAGUGGAAGCACUCUCGGCAGUUGUCUUGAUCUUUCUGUUCUUGUUGCAAAAAUAUGGCACAUCCCGUGUAAGUUUCCUCUUUUCCCCAAUAAUGGGUGCGUGGACCCUCAGUACCCCACUUGUAGGAAUUUACAGCAUCAUACACCACUAUCCAAGUAUAUUCAAGGCUUUAUCUCCGCACUACAUUUUCCGCUUCUUUUUGAGAAAUGGAAAAUCUGGGUGGCUUCUGCUUGGUGGUAUUGUCCUUUGCAUUACAGGUUCUGAGGCAAUGUUUGCUGAUCUUGGUCAUUUCAAUCCGCGAUCCAUUCAGAUAGCGUUUUUAUUCACAAUCUACCCAUCCUUAGUUCUUACUUAUGCGGGACAGACAGCAUAUCUGAUAAAGCAUCCCAACGAUCAUGAUGAUGGCUUUUACAAAUUUAUACCAAAGCCAGUCUACUGGCCUAUAUUCACCAUUGCAACAUUGGCUGCUGUUGUUGCUAGCCAGUCAUUAAUAUCAGCCACCUUUUCUGUAAUCAAGCAAUCUGUAGUGCUGGAUUAUUUUCCUCGGGUAAAGAUUAUACACACAUCUCAUAAUAAAGAAGGAGAGGUUUACUCCCCUGAAGUGAACUACAUCCUUAUGGUCCUUUGCGUUGCUGUCAUACUUAUUUUUGGAGAUGGAAAAGAUAUUGGAAAUGCUUUCGGUGUUGUUGUGAGCCUUGUGAUGCUUAUCACCACUAUAUUACUUACAUUGGUCAUGAUCAUGAUAUGGAGAACUCCUGCCAUACUGGUUUCCCUGUACUUCGUAGUGUUUUUUGUGAUGGAAGGAGUUUAUGUCAGUGCUGUUUUCACCAAAAUUGCUGAAGGUGGAUGGAUUCCUUUUGCCAUAUCAUUCAUCCUUGCUUUCAUCAUGUUCGGUUGGUUUUAUGGUAGACAGAGAAAAAUAGACUAUGAGGUAACCCACAAGGUAACCUUUGAGAGACUUCAAGAGCUUUUAUCUGACUGCAGUGUUCAAAGGGUACCUGGGCUGUGCUUCUUUUACACUAACAUUCAAGAUGGUCUCACUCCAAUUCUUGGACACUACAUAAAGAACAUGAAAUCCCUUCACAAGGUCACAAUAUUCACAACACUUCGGUAUUUGCUAGUCCCCAAGGUUGCUCCACAUGAGAGAAUUGUGAUCAAGAAAACAAACCUCAAAGGGGUAUAUUGUUGUGUGAUUCAGUAUGGGUAUGCAGAUACUCCAACCAUAGCAAGAGAUGAUUUUGUGGAUCAAGUCAUUAAUAGUUUGACCACACAUAUACAGAACUGCUCUGAUAAUGGUUCAUUUGAUUCUCACGAGAUUGAAGAACAGGUUUCCAGUUUAGAAGAAGCGCGGUGUUCUGGGGUUGUUCAUGUUCGUGGCAAGACAAGAUUCUAUGUUGGCCUGAACUGUGGCUGGUUUGAUAAAAUCAUGCUUGGUUUUUAUGAAAUCAUGCACAGUAACUGCAGAUCUGGCCUGCCUGCUCUCGGGGUUUCACUACAGCACCGGAUUGAGGUUGGAAUGCUUUAUGAGGCUUGAAAGGUUAACAAUAUUAAAGCUUCUGAAUUUCACAUGAUGCCGCAGCAUCACCAGUAGCCAAUAUUAUAUUGGUUAAAUUGAAUGCAUUCUAAACUCUGCCAAGUAGUUGUUAAUAUAAUUGAGAGGAAAAAGAUGGAUAAUUUGGUAUUCUAGUAUGCAUAUUUCUAUUUACGAUUAACCUCGAGGUAUGACAUGAUAGUUGUUCACCCCAUCCCUUAACCAUAAGAUUAGGGGGUUCAAACCUUACUCAUGCGAAUAUAAUGCAAUUCGUGGCAAA